GCAGGUCAGCGAGAAGAACCAGAGAGCCCAGUUCGGAGGAGAGGAUGUGGGGAUUGCUGACAUCUGCACGUCAGCGGUUUAGCUGCAAGAGGAACACAGGCAGACUGACUGAAAACUCAACUUCGAGGAAACUUUAAGACAUGUCACCUUUCUGAGAAGAUGAUUGUGUCCUGACGGACACCCUAAAAGCUCAGCCCGUCGUGGUGCUCGUCGUCAUGAGGGGGCGCUGCUCCCGAAAGCUGGGCGUGCUGGCCAAGGCAGGCGUCUUGCUGUGGCUGCUGUGGCUGGGCUAUCUACUGCUGGAACGAGCCUCUUUCCCCUCGUCUUUCUCUACAGAUGAAGAUGAGGAGGAGCACAAUCUCCAGGCCAGGCAGCUGGUUAUAGAGGAGAGCGGUAUAGACGGGGAGCUGGCCAGGCCGCUCUAUAUUAAGCCACCGCCUGAUAACAGUGCACUAGGGGAGUGGGGUCGGGCCACUCACCUCACCCUCAGUCCUGAAGAAAAAAAACAGGAGGAGGAGACUGUAGAGCGCUACGCCAUCAACAUUUACGUCAGUGAUAAGAUCUCCCUCCAUCGGCACAUCCAGGAUCACAGAAUGAAUGAAUGCCGGACUAAGAAGUUUGACUACCGACAUUUACCUACCACCUCUGUGAUCAUAGCCUUCUAUAAUGAGGCCUGGUCCACUCUAUUAAGGACUAUACACAGCGUGCUGGAGACCACACCUGCCAUCCUGUUGAAAGAGAUCAUCCUGAUUGAUGACUUCAGUGAUCGAGGCUACCUAAAAUCCCAGCUAGCUGAGUACAUCAGCAAUCUGCAACGCGUGCGGCUCAUUCGCACAAACAAAAGGGAAGGGCUGGUACGAGCACGACUCAUUGGCGCCACCUAUGCUACAGGGGAUGUUCUGACAUUUCUUGAUUGCCACUGUGAGUGUGUUCCGGGUUGGAUCGAGCCUCUGCUAGAAAGGAUUGCUGAGAAUGCCAGCACCAUAGUGUGCCCUGUGAUAGACACCAUCGACUGGAACAACUUCGAGUUCUACAUGCAGACAGAUGAGCCGAUGAUCGGAGGCUUUGACUGGAGACUCACCUUUCAGUGGCACUCUGUUCCUGAAGCGGAACGCAAGAGGCGAAAGUCUCGUAUUGAGCCCAUCAGGUCUCCAACAAUGGCAGGUGGAUUAUUUGCUGUGAGCAAAGCCUUUUUUGAGUACCUUGGCACAUAUGACAUGGGAAUGGAAGUGUGGGGUGGAGAAAACCUGGAACUCUCCUUCAGGGUGUGGCAAUGCGGAGGCAGUCUAGAGAUUCAUCCCUGCUCCCAUGUUGGCCAUGUGUUCCCUAAAAAGGCCCCGUACGCACGGCCUAACUUCCUCCAGAACACUGUACGAGCCGCAGAGGUUUGGAUGGGCUCCUAUAAACAGCACUUCUACAAUAGAAACCCUCCAGCAAGAAAGGAAAACUAUGGGGAUAUUUCCCAGAGGGUGCAGCUGAGGGACAAGUUAAAAUGCAAAAGCUUUGAAUGGUACCUGAGGAACAUCUACCCGGACCUACACGUCCCGGAGGACAGGGAAGGAUGGCAUGGGGCUGUUCGCAGCUCAGGGUUACAAUCAGAAUGCCUUGAUUACAAUGCUCCAGAUCACAAUCCUACUGGAGCACACCUUUCUAUGUUUGGGUGCCAUGGCCAGGGAGGAAACCAGUACUUUGAAUACACUUCUCAGAAAGAGAUCCGUUUCAACUCUGUUACGGAGCUGUGUGCUGAAGUACUUGAAGCACAAUCCUCCAUCAGCAUGAGGCACUGUCCUCGGGAUGGGGAAGCAAAGCCUCCUAGUAUCCUUUGGGAGUUCAGACAAGAUGGCAGCAUCUACCACCCUCACACGGACAUGUGUGUGACAGCAUACCGCACAACAGAGGGACGCACGGAUGCACAGAUGAGGCGGUGCAACCCAGCCGACAGGAACCAGCUGUGGAAGUUUGAAUGGUAGAACCAGAAAGUUUAGCAGCAAAACUCAAGUGACCUCACCUUGACCUUUGUGCAAUUACUACACUGGAGGGCUUUUUUUCUGAGUCUGUAUUGGAUCGAACUGGGAAUAUCAAACAGAAAGGUCUUGAAAAAUGUCACUUUAAACCAAUGAUUUGCUUCACUUUUCGGUUGAACGAGCACGAGUUGCUGAGAAUUGCAAUUCUAUUGGAACUGAUUUUUUUAUUUUAUUUUUUCAAAGAGCUGGCUUUCUAAGUGCCUGUACAAGAAGAAAAGAGGACAUUUAUUAUAUUGGUUAUUAUGCACCAUCAUGUCAGAAGUAAAAGUUAUUUGAUUGCCCUGCACAUGAAUCUAGAAGUAAAAUGAUUAUUUCAUGUAAUAGCCACAAAGUCAAACUGCACUGCAAAGUUUUAUGUGCAAUUUAUUUCAUUAUGUCCUUUACUUGUGUAUGCAGUUGUGAAAUUAUGUAAAAUAUGAGAAUGUUGGCUGCUAAACGAAGAGCUCAGAAUGUAAGGUCACCAGCAUUUUGCACUGCACCGGUGAUUCCCAAACAUGCCCCAUCAUGUGAGAGGAACAGGGAGAAAGGAGGGCGCAUGCUGUUGACAUACUACACUUGCCUUUCAACUCUAACUCCUGCCUGUGGUGCCAGUUUUAUGGCAAAGUUCUGCCUGAACAAGACUUGAAAAAUUAAUUAAACCCUCGAACUGAGGUGCGUUUCGCCCCAGAGAGUUUAGCUAUCUGACGAGGAACGUCGUAAUCUAUUCUUACCUGCUGUGUGUGUCUAAGAAUGCCCUUUCAAACCAGCUGUCACUCAGCCGGAGGAGAACCUGACAUCUUAAAAUAACCAUGCGUGCCAAAAUGUAAAAGAAUUUAUGUGUGGAAUUUAUUUUGGAGCACUUUUAAAAAAAAAUGGAACUAAGAAUAAACCAUUUAGUUUUGUUAGAAAAAAAGCCUUAAAGGGGAGCACCUAUACGUGCCUUGUUUUCUGAGAAUCCUGUGUUUGAACUGUACUUGAAAAUCUGUCUUAAAGACAUUAACCUUAAAUAAAAGGCUUUAGGUUUUAUCGGGAUUUAUGAAAUCUUAGGAUACAGCAUUACUGCUGUUCAGACUGUCUGUAACUGCAUUUCUGAACUAUGAGAUAUUCACUACAUACAGCUGGAAACGUAUAUGACUUAUUUGUUGUUACACCUUUUUGAUAAAUAACGGUUGGUUGAAGAGACCAAAGCGGGAAGUGCUAAUGUAAGGAUUUAAAACUACUGAAAAUGUAAAAAAAAAGAAAA